AUGAAAUAUGCGAAUUCCGAUCUCGAUUAUCCCAAGCAAUUGAACAGGGAGACGCUGUUCCUCGGCCGACGCUUCGGCGCAACGGAAAGCAAGAAGAAUCUCAUUCGCGAGUUCUUGCGACUCUGCGAAACAAAUCACGACCGUCGCUGCACCCAGAAGAUCGGUAUCGAGAACCCUUUUCUUGAAACGCUGACGGAGCCGUACUUCGGCGUUAUCGACAUCGAAAACGACCGUCUUGUUCCCUUACCAUAUGGGGAGACGGAGGGCCAUCUCCAUUUCGAGCCAUAUGCGGCUGUGAGCUAUGUUUGGGGAGACACUGGUGCGAUGGACUAUCGGACGAAGAUUGAGAACAUUCAGAAUCGAAGGAAAUCUGGUGGACUCGCAGCUACUAUCCGAAAGCUACCGAAAGCUCUCGCACAGAGCAUUCGCCUUGUUCAUGACUUGGGGAUCAGGUAUGUUUGGAUCGAUGCAUUGUGCAUCGUCCAGGAUAGUAGUCACUCGUGGAAUCUCAACGCGCGAGCCAUGCAUCUCAUAUACGGCAACGCUACGCUGACGAUCUGUGCCGCUGACGGCGAUUCACAGACGGGUCUGCUAGCUCUAGACGACGACCAACGGCCGCAGCAACGAAUCGGAGCUUAUGCCGAGAGCGUGCAUCUGAUUCUGCAUCAGCCACCGGAGAUCAGCAUCCAGACAUCGAAGUGGAACAGUCGCGGUUGGACAUUUCAAGAACGCAUGCUUUCGAAGCGGUGCCUGAUAUUUACCGGCGGCCAAAUAUACUUUCAGUGUCGCUCUACGGGAAUGUCGGAAGAUAUCUUUGCGGACCCGGAAGGCCGAGGGUGGUCGCUGGAUUUGGUUCAAGCCCCUCUUCAGAUGCUCACGGAGCUCAAGCAACGCAGCAUGUGGUUUUAUGCUCACUGCGUUCAUCUCUACACGAUGCGCGAGCUUUACGAACCGCUCGAUAUUCUGGCAGCUUUCAGUGGGAUGUGUAAGCUGAUGGAGGGUACUAUGCAGGCCCCCUUUGCAUUUGGGCUUCCGACAUCGCACUUCGACCUCGCCCUUUUGUGGGAGCCACUCGACUUCCUAACUCUACUAGACUACGACAAGGUCUCGAAAGAACCAAAAUACAAGGAUCUCAAGUUCCCCAGUUGGUCGUGGUGCGGAUGGAAAAGUAAUGGCAUUCAAUACAAAGCCCAGAUGGUCGAUGGUUGCCUCUCUGAUGUUCACGCUUGGCUGCAAGAACACACAUGGAUUGAUUGGCAUAUUAGAGAUGGCCACGGAAAACUGCGUCGUCUCUGGGACAGAGAUUUUUCCCUCACUGAUCGUAGUAUUGACGACAAAUGGAAAGGGUACCCCGCAUUCGAACGAACUGAAGAGCAACCCGUUUACGAGUCUGGUAGUGAAGAUAUCAGCGAUAUCAACGACACUUACAGUGCGAUCGAGAUUCAUAAAGACGGACCUAGUCACGAUGAAACUACUACCUUUGCCCGUCAGAUGAGUAACACGCUUGGCAAGAAAAUAUCGAAGCCCAUACGAUAUACUAGUAAAGUAAUCUUCGACGAUGUACCCAGCCGUGAUACACAUGAUGGUUACGGUCGGCGGUACCGAAGUUUACUACCGGAUGGAUCCCAGCUACCCCUAGUAGAAUAUGCGUUCAAUCUAACGCUACCUGAAGAUCCAUACCACGUCAGGACAUCAGCACCCAGACGGCCUACGGACGGCUUGAAAGAGUUUCCCGAUCAGCCGUUCUUACAGCUCCGCACCUGGAGAACCUCAUUCCACAUCGUGCGCUCAACCGAGUCCGACAUGAAGGACGACGACGUCGGAGCAACAAGAGCGCGAUGCCACAUCGCAGACCGGCGCGGCGAUAAAUGCGGGUCCAUCGUUGUCAGCAAGGAAUGGCUUGAGAAGUAUGAGGCCACGGGUCAGACCAUGUUCGAGUUCAUCGCCAUCUCAGUUGCCAAAUCGUUCAGCCAGCAAGAGUUCCCCGUCUGGACAUACUAUCUACCCAAGGAGAGAGUGGAGUCUGAAUGGGAUCUCUUUUUCGUGCUCCUGGUGGAGCCGUUUCCUGAGGAAGGCAUCUAUCGGCGUGUGGCGCUUGGCAAGGUGUUUCAAGCGGCGUUUGCUCAAUCUCCCGAUGAGUGGAAAGAGAUCAUAUUAGGGUAG